GGAAAUUGCGUCGUUGUCAAGGACCGACGUGUCUUUGUAGCUUCGCGGUUAGCCGGCGAGCUAAAAACAGGCUGGAAAUGCGCUAUUUUAUCCUAAUAAAAGUGUAAAAUAAAUUUCAAAACAACCAUGGACGUCGCGCUGUAUUUAAUAGCGGCGGCCAUUCUUAUUGUGCUGAUAGUUUUCGCGGUGAAAGUGCGGAGAAAAACAGAGGAAGCCGACUUGCAGCACCAGCGGGAUGUCCAGCGUGCGGCGGGACGCCCCCAGCAGGUGGCUGAGGAGCGAGGGGCUGGCAUGCCCCGUCGCAGGAGGAACCUCAACGCCCGAGUGAUGACCAACCGCAGAGCCCAGAGAGACGCCUCCGACAACGAGGAAAAUGCUGUGGAGGAGGAUGAAGAGGAAGAGCAGCAGAGCUUCCAGCCUGCAGGCAAAGUGGGAGCCAAGAAACAGAGGAAGCUGGAGGAGAAACAGGCCAAGAAAGCCCAGAGAGAGGCAGAGCAGGAGGAACGGGAGGAGAGGAAGAGGAUGCAGGAGCUCAGAGAACAGGAGAGACGCCAGAAGGAGGAGAAGGAACGACUGCUGGAACAGAAACAGGAGGAGGAGGAGCGCCAAGCCAAGGAGGAGCAGGAGAGAAGGGAGGAGGAGGAGUACCUCAGGCUGAAGGCUUCCUUUGUCAUCGAGGACCAGGGAGAGGAGCAGCAGCUGAGUGAGGACCAGUCACGCAGCCUGUUGCAAGAGUUCAUCAAAUACAUUGAGGACUCCAAAGUGGUUCUGCUGGAAGACCUGGCUUCACACUUUGGGAUGCGAACACAGGACGCCAUCGCACGACUACAGGACCUCUUGGCCGACGGCUCGCUCACAGGAGUGAUCGACGACAGAGGGAAGUUCAUCUCCAUCACGCCGCAGGAGCUCAACUCAGUGGCCCAGUUCAUCAAACAGAGAGGCAGGAUCUCCAUCACAGAGUUGGCCCAGGCCAGCAACUCUCUGAUCAACCUCAUGCCAGAGAUCCCAAACACCGCCUGACGGGAUCUGCAGCUCGCCCGUUGCUCUUUUGGACUGUAAGAAUAAUCAUCAAAACACAACACACAACUUCUAUGGGACAUAAGACAUCACAAAAACUAAAAGCCAUGCUCACAUGAUGGAGCGUUUUGUCAUCAAAGACAAUUAUGAACAGUAAUUCGGAAACUAAUGGCCAUUCAGUUUGUUAUAUUUUUGCCUUGAGAGAAGAUAAAUACACUUUAUCCGCUCGCUGUCUCCCCUGACAGCCGUUGCUCCACCUCCCCAGCUUUAAGUCUUACACUGCUUGUUGCAUCAUGUAAAGAAAAUCCCUGAUGUGCGCUCACACUGUGGCAGAGCUCGAACCUCCUCCAUGACAGCGCUGUGCAGCCACACACCUCCAAAAGUGAACUAACUGAUGACACAGUUUAUUAUUUAAUUUAAUAAAGUUCAUUUUUGGUGGUUAAGCAAA